CCCUCUGGUGGGGAUGGCUUUGGGGGGCUCACACCACCACGUGCUGGGGCGGGGGGUGUCAUCUGGGUUGUCAGGAGGGGUGCAGGGCCUGGGCCGGGCCAUGCUGGCGGGGUGUGAGGCUGCGGUGUGGACCGGCACCGAGCUGCUCUCAUCUUCGACUUCCUUCCCAGCACCGAGCCCAUUUCCUCUGGUGUCACGUGCACCGUGUGGGGCCGUGGCAGCCCUGGGAGCCUGGCACCGCACUGCGCCCCACGGCUUCGUGGGCAGCCCCACACCAGCAGCUCCCGGACCCCCCGAGGAUGGAGCCGGCCAAGGUCCCCCCCAGCAAGAGGAUGGCUCCUGCUCCCCCCGUCCCUGCCAAGGCCAAACCGGCCCCCACGCUGGCCAGCAAAUGGGAGCUCUCCUCUGGGAGGGCUGAGCAUGGCCCGGCUCUGCCCUUUGACCAUCUCUGCUGCCCCCCCAGACCUGCUGCUCCCCAGCCCGGUGCCUCGGCCGACGCGGAGCUGGGCAGAGCCAGAGACACAGAUGGUGACGCCUUCAACGUGGUGCCGGUCACCACGGCCAGGCUGAGCCACCCCACGGCCACACGCCCCCGGGUACCAGGCCAGCGGCCCCCCAGCCUCGCCCUGGGGAGCGUGGGGGGUCCCUGCGGGGGGGAGCAGCCCUGGGGGCUCGGUGCCCCUCUCCCUGGCGCGGGCCAGGCUCCCGGCCCACCGUGGAGCACGGAGGUUCUGGUGGCACCGCGGUCGGGGGAGACGCUGGCCUUGGAGGACCUGAAGGCUGAGGUGCGGUCCCUGCACAUCCUCGUGGACCUGAUGCGAGUCCAGCACCUGCGGGACCUGGAGGACAUGCGGCUGGAGAUGUGCCAGGAGCGAGCCAAGCGCCAGGCGCUGCAGGCGGAGAUCGAGCGGGUGAGGAAGGCGCUGCCCUGCUAACAGCGGGGGUGCCCCCCCCUCCGGGCUGGUGGGUGGAACAGGGUGCUGGUGCUGUGCCCUGUGCCCCCCCAGCCCAGUUCUGCACCCAUUGGGCAGGAACCCUCACCCCACACCUGGGCUUCGUGGUGUGGUGCAGCCCCGAGAGGGGGCAACCACCCUGGGCUUAUAGAUAUUGUUUAAAAUAAACUAUUUUGGGUACGGAGCGCUGCUGGGCUGUGUGGGGGCUGCAGGGGACAGAGCUUGGGGCUCCACUCGGCUGGGUCCCUGGGGGCAGGGCUGGUCCUGCUGGGCACAGGGGGUCCCAUCGUGGCACAGGGGGUCCCCCCAGGGCUGGGUCACUGCAGAGUCCCUGGCAGGAGCCUGUGCUGCUCAGCCCCAGAUGGCUGGAGCAGAAGUGCCAGGCAUCACGGGCAGGAGCAGAGGCUCUGCCAGCCUGUCCUGGGGGUGGCCCAGUGCCCCCCACCAUCCCCUGCGCCUCGUCC